GGGACUGCAGGCUGCAGCGUUCCGGAGUGGGGACUGCACUUCCCGGCGGCGCCCGGGACCUGGGAAUGAAUUCUCAGCGGAAACUUGAGCACCCCCUUUCCCCGCCUGUGGGCUACAUUUCCCAGAAGCCUCCACGGGCCACAGCCCUUUCUUACCCCUCCGCAGCCACCUAUUGCUACCUCGACCUGUGGGUUCGCCCAGGUUCUCGGGGGAUGUUCGCGUGCGGCUGGGCGGUCAGGACUGGGCUUCACUGAAGCUUGGAACACGACGCGACUUGGGGCGGAGAAGACCGUUGUGCCGGUUCAGGCUCUAGUUGGAUUUUUCCCCCUCUGGACUACAUUUCCCCGAGGGCUCCGCGGUGUAUGCGGAUUCCUGCCGAAGUUCGCUGGCCGUUGUGAGUUGCCGGGAGUUCGGACGCAAAGGAUCGGGGCAUUCCAGGUUGCCUCGCUCACUGGUUUGGGGCGGAUUCAAUCAGACUGGAGUGAGAGGACCCCGGAGAAGUGGACGAAUCCAGAAGAGGAGGAGAAAAGAGCUGCUGGUCAUUAAAAGUCAUGGCGGAGGACUUGAAGUUCAAAGAUGUGGCCAUUUACUUCACUCAAAAGGAGUGGGAGUGCUUGCACUCUGCUCAGAAGGAUUUGUACCGAGAUGUGAUGUUGGAGAAUUAUAAUACCCUGAUCUCACUGGGAUUUUCUGAUUCUAAGCCAGAUGUGAUCUCCUUAUUGGAGCAGGGGAAGGAACCUUGGAUGGUUAACAGCAAGGAGACAAAAGAAUGGUGCCCAGACUGGGAGUCUAGAAGAGAAACCAAGAUGCUAAAGGAGGACAGUUAUGAAGUUCAAUCACUGCAACCAGAGAUAACAAAAAGACUUACAGGCUCUACCCUUGAGUACACUAGGGUCAGAAGUAACAGAGAAAUCAGAUGCAACUUGGAGAGGCUACAGGAAGGACGUUUCAGACAAGCCACAAUAACCUCUGAAGAAAGAUCCACUUCCAUUCAACGCACAGAUCAUAGAACACCUCAGACAACUCAUACUGGAGCAAAAUCCUGUGAAUCCAAGGAAUGUAAGACUUUCAGGUACCAAUCACACCAUAGUCAACAUGAAAGAAGUCAUAAUAAGGAAAAAGACUCUAAAUGUGGAGAAUGUAGGAAAGCCAUUAAUAGUAGGUCAGACUUGAUUAAGCAUCAGAGAAUUCAUGAAAGCAAAAAAAGUGAUGAAAAUAAGAAAUGUGCCUUUAUUCGUGAUGCUCAGGUUACUAAAUCUCAGAGCAUUAAUACUGCCGAGAAACCUCAUAAAUGUAAGGAAUGUGGGAAAGCCUUUCAUUCUAACUCGCAACUUAGUAAGCAUCAAAGGAUUCAUAUAGAUGAGAAACCCUAUAAGUGUACAGAGUGUGGAAAGCCAUUUCCAUCUACCUCACAACUUAAUUUACAUCAGAGAAUUCACACUGAUGAGAAAUACUAUGAAUGUAAGGAGUGUGGGAAAGCCUUUACCCGUCCCUCACACCUUCUUCGACAUCAGAGAAUCCAUACUGGUGAGAAACCCUAUAAGUGUAAGGAAUGUGGGGAAGCUUUUCGUUAUGACACACAACUUAGUCUUCAUCAGAUAAUUCAUACUGGUGAAAGACGCUAUGAAUGUAAGGAAUGUGGGAAGGUCUAUAGUUGUGCCUCACAACUGAAUCUACAUCAAAGAAUUCAUACUGGUGAGAAACCUCAUAAAUGUAAGGAAUGUGGGAAAGCUUUUAUCUCUGAUUCACAUCUUGUCCGACAUCAGAGUGUUCAUACUGGUGAGAAACCAUAUAAAUGUAAGCAGUGUGGGAAGUCUUUUCGUCGUGGCUCAGAACUUACCAGACAUCAGAGAGCUCACACAGGUGAGAAACCUUAUAAAUGUCGGGAAUGUGAAAUGGCCUUUACUUGUAGCACAGAACUUAUCCGACAUCAAAAAGUUCACACUGGUGAGAGACCCCAUAAAUGUAAGGAAUGUGGGAAGGCUUUUAUUCGAAGGUCAGAACUUACUCAUCACAAGAGGAGUCAUAGUGGUGAAAAACCCUAUGAGUGUAAGGAAUGUGGGAAGGCCUUUGGUCGUGGCUCAGAACUUAGUCGACACCAGAAGAUUCAUACUGGUGAGAAACCCUAUGAAUGUAAGGAAUGUGGGAAAGCCUUUAUUCGUGGCUCACACCUUAGUCAACAUCAAAGAAUUCAUACAGGACAGAGGAGUGAAUGAAGACAUGUGGGAAGCUCGGAAUUUAAUUGACACCUGGAAAUUCAUACUAGUAAAACACAAACAAAAACCCCUGUAAUUGUAAGGAAUAUGGGAAAGCAUUUAAGGAUAACAACUUAAUAUCAGAGUUCAUACUGUGGAUGUGAAGCAGUCCAGAAUUUGAUAUUUGUUACUGAUAAAAAACCUUAUAAAUGUUAUGAAUUGGGAGGGGUGUAUUUGUGUUUCAGAAUUUAUUAGACAUCAGAGUUCAAUCAAUUGGUGAAAAAGUGAAAAACUCCAUGAAUAUAAAGAAAGUGGGAAGGCUUAUUAGGAAAGCAGUGUUAGAGACAUUAAUCAUUCUAACUUUUCUCAACAUCAAGGGUCAUUAGCCCUUAUGGGAAAUCAGGAGUCAUAAUAUAAAUAUAAGGAGCACGAAUUUGCUUUAGCUAACUAAUUAUUCAACUGAUAAUUCAUACUAGAGGAAGGCUACAUUGUUAAAAAAUUCUUCCAUUCCAUUCAACUCUUGUUAAAUGUUUGCAAGCUCAUUCUCUAAAAUUAAUCUGAACUGAAUCAGAGUGGGAAAGGAUUUAACCAAUAUUUAGUGUUUACUUGGCUUCACCAUUAUUACUUAUUUCUUAUAGGGCUAAUGACUUAACCAAAUUCUCUCAUUUAUCAAUUAGUAAUAUUAGCACCAUAUUUCUUAGUAGCAUUGUGUACAUUGUAUCCCUUAGAAUAGUGUCUGGCUCAUAUUGAAAGUGUGUUAAAUAAGAGGGGCUUUAUUCUUAAUUUUGUUUUCCUAAUUGUGUAUUAGAGAUCAUAUGAGAGGAAGGCCUUAUGUGUGCAGUGACUAUCUGAACAUCUUACAUCAUCUUUCUUCAUGGAAUGUUAGAUAAUUCCUUCUGGAGAAAAAUUUUAAAACAGAAGCUUUUCAUAGGUUGCCCUUUUCCCCAUUAGGGGAUUCAUAAUGUAAAGAACCCCAGUAGAAUAAAAGUGGGGAGCUGUGAGGUCAGAGGGAAGACUUAGAUAAUUUUUUUUUAAGACCUUCCAAAAAAACAAGAGACAUAUGCCAUGAUCUCUGGCCUCUCUUUUAGUGAAUUAGAAAAUAAAGCCUCAGGGCUUCCCUGGUGGCGCAGUGGUUGAGAGUCUGCCUGCUGAUGCAGGGGACACGGGUUCGUGCCCCGGUCUGGGAGAUCCCACAUGCCGCCGAGCGGCUGGGCCCAGUGAGCUAUGGCUGCUGAGCCUGCGCAUCCGGAGCCUGUGCUCCGCAACGGUAGAGGCCACAACAGUGAGAGGCCCACAUACUGCAAAAAAAGAGAAAAAAGAAAAGAAAGCCUCGCCAAAAUCCAUUUCUCCACAAGGAAAUUUAAGAGACUUGUAUAAAUAAUUUUUACGUUAAAAAGGAAAUCAAGGCAGGGCUUCCCUCAUGGCUCAGUGGUUAAGAAUCUGCCUGCCGAUGCAGGGGACACGGGUUCGUGCCCUGCUCCGGGAAGAUCCCACAUACCGCCGAGCAGCUAAGCCCGUGCGCCACAACUACUGAGCCUGUACUCUAGAGCCCGUGAGCCACAACUACUGAGCCCGAGUGCGCCUAGAGCCCUGCUCUGCAACAAGAGAAGCCACCCAAUGAGAAGCCCGGGCACCACAACGAAGAGUAGCCCCCACUCGCCACUUAGCCCACGCGCAGCAACAAAGACCCAUCGCAGCCAAAAAUUUAAAAAUAAAUGAAUUAAUUUUUUUUAGAAAAAGAAAUCAAGGCAAAUUAUCAUUAGGCAGAUUGUCAUUCAAAUGAAUGACAAAGAGACAACUUCAUGUUAAAAUUUGUAGGAUGCAACCAAAGCUUUACUCUGAGGGAAUUUAACUUCUUUCAAUAUAUGUAGAAAACAGGGAAAAUUCAAAGCGAGGAUUCAUUCUCACUUCCUUAUACUUAGUGUGCUGCCUAUUCCUGGUAGGUUCCCAGUAAACAUCUGUUGAUCAGAGGAACGAGAGAGUGAAUGAAUAAGCAUCCAACUCUAGUAUGUUGAGGUGCUCUAACAAAAUAAGUGCAGAGCCCAAAAACACCUUAAACUUUUUGAAAUGAAAAAGAUUUCACCCUAGAAAGAAAAAACUCAAGCAUCAUAAGUGAGAAAGGAUAUGUAACUACAGAAAUGAAGGAGAUGAAGAAGUAAGCCAAUAUUGUUUGGCUGACACUGUUGGUUUCCUGUCCAUUGGUAUUAACCAUUCUCCCUUUGCCAGGAUUGCCUGCUGCCCACCUAAGUCUAAAUGCCAGAUGCCCUCCUGAUUGCUUUGCAGCUGGGCAUGUGUGUAACAGUCCCGGCCAUAGAAGAUCUAAGCAAAAAGUCUGCAGGUGAGCUUCAGUUAAAUAUUGUUUACUAACAAAAUAGGAGGAAAUGGUCUUCCUAUAUACAGGAUGCAUGUCUCUGUGUGAUACCUGGAAUUAUGGCCAUUUUGCAACCAGGGGAGGUGAGAAACUGAGAUUGGCACAGGAAUAACUUGUGUCUUUGACAUUAUUGAGAUGAUGAAACAAUUCAGAACUACCCUGUGCCCGGACGGGUGUGAACUAAGAAAUUCCGUGCCUAUCUGUUAUAAGUUUAUAUUCAACUUUAUAUAUCCGAAUCCUGGAAAAAAAUAUUUUCCUAUACAUACACGUUUAUUCCACUUUAGUAAGAUGAGAAAAUGUUUAUAUUCAGCUUUUUAUAGUGUAUGUGAAAUUAUAGAAAAAGCAUUAUUUUCUUAAACGUAUAUGUGUGUGUAUAUAUACAACUUUGAUUUGUUAAGAUGUAGGAAAUGUCUGUUUGCAUUCAGCAUCUCACAGUAUAUGUAUAUAUGCAAUUUUUUUAGUAUGUCUGAAAUCCAGGAAAAGUAGUAGUUUCCUGAAUAUAGUAAGAACCAAGAAAAAACUAAUUAAAGAGCUACACCAUAUAAUUCCUCUAGUACUAGAGUAGAUAAAAUCUAAGUCUUUAAGAUAUAAAGAGUAUCAGCUAUGAGGCUAACACAAUCCCUAUACCAAACUUGGAAAAGGACAGCAUCCAGCUCAAAUCAGCUAUAAAAAUAAUCCAUUGUACUCAGUGGUAUAUGAGUAUUCCAAUUAAAAUAGCAAGUCAAAUCUAGCAGCCUAUUAAAAGAAAACAGAGGGGUUGUUUUGUCUAGAAUGAAAUGGUUCAUGACCUGAUCUGUCAGAUUGUAAAAAAUGUGAUGUAUAAAUGUAGUGUUUGCACGUUGAAAACUAGACACUAAAACAACUUAGCCCCUGAAAGUAGUAAACUAUUAACAGCAUAUGCAUAUUCAACUGCUGCGAGGUCACUGCAUUGUCCUCUUAAUCACACCUCAUGGGGUGUAGUCAGUCACAGCAUUUGGAAUAAUCACCAUCCAGUAUAUUCCACCUUUGCCCCACACUUUAGAAAAAUAUUACAUACUAAGUUUAAUGUAAACAUGUAUUAUGUGACAGAUUAAAUCGGUCAUAGCUAAAUAUCAAUCAACCCAUUGGAGGACAAUUUAUAACAAAAAUUUGAGCAUUUUUUUUUAAAAGAGGGAAAUGAUUACUAAAUUUUAUCUAUACUUUCUCUACAAUUUCUAACAUUUUUUGAGUUAAAAUAAAUGUUAUAGUUAUAAUUAAUGUCAAGAAAUGAUUCUCUGUAGACUGGGGGUUGCCAAGGGGGAGGGGGAUGGGAGAGGGUUGGAUUGGGAGUUUGGGAUUAGCAGAUGCAAACUGGUAUAUAUAGAAUGGAUAACAACAAGGUCCUACUGUAUAGCACAGGGAACUAUAUUCAAUAUCCUAAAUAUAUGUAUAACUGAGUCACUUUACAGCAUUAAUUAACACAACAUUGUAAUUGAACUAUACUUCAAUAAAAAAAUUUAAAAAGAAAUGAUUCUGAUUUUUUGCCAGUGUAUACAUACUUCUAUUUUCAAGAUUUGAGAGUUCUAUUCCAAAUUUAUGUUACAUGUUUUGCCAAAAAUGAGAUAUACUGCAAAGGUUUAAACAAAACAAAAAGAGCUAUCUGUACCUAUUUUCUGAAGUGCCAACAUCAAAAGCCUUUCAUCCUUUUCUCCAUACUCUCUCAUACCCACAUUGGAGCUUUAUUUUCAUGAUGGGGGUUAUGGCUGGGAGCGGUGUAGUUUGAAUGGGAUUGUGCUGACACAUUGAAGUAUAGCCUCCUUUUCUCACUUGAUAACAUACCAGGGGACUUCCUUCCAAUCGAAACCUACAGAUGUAACUAGUUAGCUUUAAAUGCUUACAAAGAAAAAGCACAUGAAAAGAUGCCCAACAUCGCUAAUUAUUAGAGAAAUGCAAAUCAAAACCACAAGUACCAUCUCACACCAUUCAGAAUGGCCAUCAUCAGAAAGUCUACAAACAGUGCUGGAGAGGGUGUGGAGAAAAGGGAACCCUCCUACGCUGUUGGUGGGAAUGUAAAUUGGUACAACCAUGAUGGAGAACAGUAUGGAGGUUCCUUAAAAAACUAAAAAUAGAACUACCAUAUGAUCCAUCAAGCCCACUCCUGGGCAUGUAUCUGGAGAAAACCAUAAUUUGGAAAAUUACAUGCACCCCAGUGUUCAUUGCAGCACUACUUACAAUAGCCAGGACAUGGAAACAACCUAAAUGUCCAUCAACAGAGGAAUGGAGGAAAAGGAUGUGGUAUAUUUAUACAAUGGGAUAAUACUCAGCCAUAAAAAAGAAUGAAAUUAUGCCAUUUGCAACAACAUGGAUGAGAUCAUACUAAGUGAAGUCAGAGAAAGACAAAUAUAUGAUAUCACAUAUGUGGAAUCUAAAAAAAAGAUACAAAUAAACUUAUUUACAAAACAGAAACGGACUCAGACUUCAAAAACAGACUUAUAGUUACCAAAGGGGAAAUGCGGGGGGGGAAUAAAUCAGGAGUUUGGGAUUAACAUAUACACAUUAUAUAAAAUAAACGAGGACCUACUGUAUAGCACAAAGAACUAUACUCAAUAUUCUGUAAUAACCUGUAUGGGAAAAUGAAAAAGAAUAGAUAUGUAUAUGUAUAACUGAAACACUGCUGUACACCUGAAACUGACACGUUGUUAAUCAACU